GAGGAGCAACUCCAGCAGCACUUCUGCACUCUGGUCACCCUCACAGGAAAAUGUCUAACGAUUACUUUGGAUUCUCCCUCAUAAGGAGCAAUGCAAGAACCAACAAUGCCACCGUGGCCCUUAACAAUCCAGCAGAUAUCUCCGUCAUUGUGAUUUACUUUGUGGUUGUCCUGGCUGUCGGAGUAUGGGCUAUGGUUCGCACCAACCGAGCCACUGUCGGUGGCUUCUUCCUGGCAGGGAGGAGUAUGGUGUGGUGGCCGAUCGGAGCAUCACUCUUUGCCAGCAACAUUGGCAGUGGCCACUUUGUAGGAAUCGCAGGGACUGCUGCAGCUUCAGGAAUAGCGAUUGGUGGAUUUGAAUGGAACGCUCUUAUUGUGGUCGUCAUUCUGGGAUGGCUCUUUGUGCCCAUCUACAUUAAAGCUGGGGUGGUCACCAUGCCUGAGUACCUGAAGAAGAGGUUUGGAGGACAGCGUAUUCGAAUCUAUCUCUCUGUGCUGUCCCUAUUCCUGUAUGUUUUCACUAAGAUCUCAGCAGACAUGUUCUCUGGCGCCAUUUUUAUCAACCAGGCUCUUGGGUUAAAUAUCUACCUCGCUGUUGUCAUGCUACUACUGAUUACCGCGUUGUACACCGUCACAGGUGGACUGGCUGCAGUGAUCUACACGGACACCUUACAGACCAUCAUCAUGAUUGUUGGAUCAUUCAUCCUUAUGGGCUUUGCUUUCCAUGAGGUGGGAGGCUACGGACGUUUCCAGGAGCUCUACAUGGAGGCCAUCCCUUCCAUCACAGCUAACAUCAGUGCAAGCUGCUACGAGCCUCGGGCAGACUCCUUCCAUAUUUUUAGGAAUGCAAUUACAGGAGACCUGCCAUGGCCUGGCCUGGUGUUUGGACUCACCAUUCAGGCCUUGUGGUACUGGUGCACUGAUCAGGUGAUUGUCCAGCGCUGCCUCUCAGCAAAGAAUUUAUCUCAUGUGAAAGCAGGCUGUAUCCUAUGUGGCUACCUAAAACUGCUGCCUAUGUUCCUUAUGGUUUUCCCUGGGAUGAUCAGCAGGAUCCUCUACGCUGAUGAAGUAGCCUGUGUGGAACCAGCUGAAUGUGAAAAAUACUGUGGGGCUAGUGUGGGCUGCACCAACAUUGCUUAUCCAAAACUGGUGGUGGAUCUCAUGCCCAAUGGUCUGCGAGGUCUUAUGCUGUCUGUGAUGUUGGCCUCUUUGAUGAGCUCACUUACCUCCAUCUUCAACAGUGCCAGCACUCUCUUCACAAUGGACAUCUACACUAAGAUUCGCCGCACUGCCACUGAGAGGGAACUCAUGAUUGCCGGCAGAGUGUUUAUCAUGGCCCUGAUUGCUGUGAGCAUAGCAUGGAUCCCUGUGGUGCAGUCAGCCCAGAGUGGCCAGCUCUUUGACUACAUCCAGUCCAUCACCAGCUACCUCACACCACCUGUUGCAGCAGUCUUCCUGCUCGCCAUCUUCUGCAAGCGUGUCAAUGAGUCUGGUGCAUUUUAUGGCCUCAUUAUUGGCCUGUUUAUUGGCCUGUCCAGGAUGAUAGCUGAGUUUGCUUAUGGGACAGGAAGCUGUGUUAAUCCCAGUAACUGUCCCACCAUCAUAUGUGGAGUCCACUACCUCUACUUCUCCAUCAUCCUGUUUGUUCUCUCCUGUAUCAUCAUCCUGGGAAUUUCUCUCAUGACCAAACCCGUCGAUGACAAGCAUUUGUAUCGACUUUGCUGGAGCCUGAGGAACCGCACGGAGGAGAGGGUGGACCUUGAACAGGAUGACUGGGUUGAUAACCACGACCAUAUGGAAAUAGAAGAGCCAGAGCAGGAGCCAGGCUUGUGCAAGAAGGCAGUGAUGUGCUUCUGUGGCCUGGAGCAGAAAAAAGCCCCCAAGCUGACUCCAGACGAGGAGGCGGAGCUGCAGAAAAAGCUCACAGACACCACGGAGGUGCCUCUGUGGAGGAAUGUUGUCAACGUCAACGCGAUCAUCCUCCUGUGUGUGGCUGUUUUCUGCCAUGGCUUUUUCGGUUAAAGAAACUCGACUGACUCCGGUUGCUCUCGAACACAAGAUGACAGGAUUUUACAUGAAUGUAAUUUAUAACCAAACAAACCAGGCAGGAGACACAACCCACUAAAAUAAGAUAAUGCACUUGCAGACCUUUCUAUACUCUUGUAUGGAGUGUAUGGCUACUGAACUCCCCCAGAACAUAAAAUAUAUUUUUGCUAAGUAUGUGACUGUCUAAAACACUGAAACUAUUAUAUGAUUCUUUUUUUUUUUUAAAUGAUUUUUAACUUUUCCUGGUAUUUUGUGCUGCUGAAUUAAUCAGUAAACCAUACUAUAAAUAUUAGCAUGUAUUGCAUUUAAAACAUAUUAAUAUUGUGCAUAAAUAUUCACACAUCAGUAUGCUACACACUGACCUGACCCCUGCACAACUGUAGCUCCUCCAGUCUUAACUGUGAGUUCUCUUUCUUGUCUUUACUGUUGUGUAAGCAUAAUGAGAGAGGGCGAGGGUGGCUAUGGAAAACAGCUCAUGAAUGAAGCUGAAGGAUGACUCACGCUGCCUUCACGUUCACCAUGCUGCACGUAGCCAUGGAAAGCUUGCUGCCUUAAAUCAUGAAAAAAGAGAGAUGAUAAAAGACAUGCCAGUAAAUUACCUGCAAGAUUUUAAUUAAUGUAUUUGCUACCUCAUUCUACCUAAGCCUUGUGUGUGUGCUCAAAGUCAAUGAGUGCUGUCACUUCUUAAAUCUAUGCACUUUGCUGUAUGUUGUUUUAGGUGUUAAUGAAUAAAAACAUCUCAGGGAAAAAGGGCUGUGAAUUACUCAGAGUCCCUGUCUGACUCUCUUUACUUCCCUCUGGUGGUUCACUGUCAUUCCUGCUGAA